GGUACCCUCGUAUCGUAAGCUCACUCGAACGAAGUUAGGAGUUGCGUCUGCCGGAGAGUCACUCAGUCAGUCGCUCUAAUUCCUCCACAUAUCGAAGCGAAGCAUGCUAAGUAGUGAGGGCGCGUGUCAUAUUAUGUUUAAAUUUUGACAAGCGCACCAACAAUGUAGACAAUUCAGUUUUGUGCCGAAAACAGACUGCGAAUAUGCGGACAUAAUUUCGAAAAAAUGAAGUACUUUGUAGUGUUAGUUGUUUUUGUUAGUUGCGUAUUUGUGAGAACUAAUUGUUUUGAUUAUUCGGAUGCUGAAGUUGAGACGAGAUGCAUCGAAGAUUGUCCUUUGCAAUUGCAGAACCGGACGGAUAAGGGCCAUUACGGUUACGCCUGCGACCACAACUGCAAUAUAGAACACUGUGUAAAGGGAUGCAAGCUAUGGAAGAAAGCGUUGACAUCAACCUGCAGAGAGACAUGUAACGCUACAACCGAACGACCGAAUCCCAAAGAGCUCUACUGUGUGAUAGGCUGCAACGACGCCGUAACCAAGUACUUUUCGAAUUUACGUAAACUCCUAGGCACUCCCGCCGCUCCCACUCUCCGAGCGGACUCCUUAAAACCUGACUCCUUAAAAUUAGAAUCGAACUGUCCGGACGCUAAGAAAACUGGGCUCAGUUGUCUGCUUCAGUGGCGGUACGAAGAAUUUUCCACCUCGAAAUCUUCGUGGCAGUACUGCGUAAACACCACUUAUGAUCCAGAUAAUAAGAUAUUUUAUGUACAAGAUUUGCAGCCUUACACCAAAUAUAGAUUUCGAAUAGCAAUAAUCCACGAUUCGAAGGACGGUCUCCAUUAUGGCGAUUUAGCAGUAUCAAGCGAAAGCGUCGUUAUCAGUACCACAGCUGGAGGUCCUCCAGCUUCACCGCCGCAGAAUGUACGCGCCACUCCAGUGGACUCGUCAAGUAUAAGCAUCAGCUGGGAACCCGGCCCUUUCCCGCACGGCCCCCUCCUCUCCUACGUUCUCAAUAUCACCGAUAAUCAUCGAUCGGAAGUUAAGGAUAUUCCUCCUGACAAGUCUGAUAUCGUGGUAGGAGAUUUAAAAGCACUCAAUAACUAUUCUGUUGAAUUGAGAAUGAGAAACAAAAAUGGCUCUGGACCACCUGCGACCACUACAGUAUCGACUCCUCCAGAACGACAAAUUACAAAUGUUACAAAGCCCCCCUUAAUACUGGGUACAAACUCUACGAUUCUUGAAUUAAACAACCUAUCGCUAGACGAAGAACCCAAGGUGUUGUAUAAAAGUACAAUUGAACUGAAAGGUAUUGGGUUCCACUACAAUAAAAAAUUACUCUUCAUUACGGACAGUGAUGGUUACGUCUCAAAAAUACCCCUCUACCAAGAGUCAAAACCAAAUCACUCAAGUCCUUAUAAAAAAUUCAUAUAUUCUCCCAAGAAAAUUGAUAUUUUAGAACCGCAAAAUUUGUAUUUUAAACCAUUAGACAUCACUGUUGAUUGGUUAAACGACCAGUUGUACAUUUUGGGAGAAAUUAAAUUCAACACUGCUUAUAUUAUCAAGAGAUGUAACUUAGAUGGGAGUAAUUUGAUGGUUGUUUAUGCAGGACUUAGCCAAAAACCUUCGUCGAUACAAAUAGAUCCACUAAAUGGGUACUUGUUUUGGGUGAUUCAGGAUUACAACAAUGGUGGGUUUUUUCGACUCGACAUAAACGAUAUUAGCAAUGGCAUUCCUGCAGACAAGAAAAUUAAAAAAGUACUUAACGAAUCCGAAUUAGGUGCCUUUACAUUUGAGCAUAAUAAUUUCAACGUAUUGGUAUCAUAUCAGAGACUGAAUACUAUUAUGUCGGUUAGUUUAGAUGGAAACGAUAUAAAAAAUAUCAGAACCACUGUAGCAACGUCAAAACUAUACAAAGUUGUAUCACUAGCGAUGGAAAAUAAGCUGUUCUACUGGACGGAUGGUACAGAUGUUUAUUUCGAAGAUUACAACGAACAUAGUAAAAGUUAUUACCAUAACGCUUUAGUCAUAAACUAUGGAUAUUAUAAAAAGGUUUUUAUAAAUUCGCAAAGUUCCCAACCGUGGCCUACUCCGAUUAAUCCACCAACCAAUGUUCAAGCUAUAUUUGGAAUUGAUAUUGCUAAGACUAGAUGGCAGCCACCUCAUUUAGUUGGACUUCAAGGCAAAGGUGCUUGGCAAAAUUGGUCAUACGAAAUUUCAAUAAAAGAAGCCAACACAGACCAUACGGUUAUCCACAGAAAUAUAAACAACACAUUCUUCACCAUUACAAAUCUUAAAGAAAAUACGGAAUAUAUUCUUCAAGUAGCAGCUUACACCAACUCUGGACAAGGACCAUGGUCAUCAGAUUUUCGAGGAAUCACACUCAAUUCCUCAAAAACUCCCAUUCUCUUAUGGUCAGCUUCGGAGGGUCUUCUACGGACAAAUGCGGCUGGAGAAAGCUUAGAAAUCCUUAUUGACAAAAGUACAAUGAAAGAUUACCACUAUACAGACAUUGCUCCAUAUAGGGAUCAAAUUUUCAUGGUGACGAAUACGUCUUAUGUUUAUUGGUACAAUACUACUUCGAAGAAACAAGGACGUUUGGUUGAUUUGGAUUCAGUAGGUAGCAUUGCUGUAGAUUCGAUUGGAAUGAAACUCUACUGGUCCAAUCCCAAACAACAAUUAAUUUUACGUGGAAAUUUAAACGGAACAGAACAAGAACCACUGUUAACAGUUUUAGCUAAAGAGCUUAAUAUUGAUUCAGAUAAAGCCUAUCUCUAUUGGUCCACUGGAAUAAAAGUUGAAUGUGCUCAUCUUAACGGUGUAGAGAGGUUCGAAUACCAUGACGUACAGUAUUUUUCAGGAAAACAAGUUAUGGGCCUAACAUUAGAUUUUGAGCAGAAAUAUGUUUAUUGGAUAGUUAGAGGAUCAGAAGGAUCAAACUUGUACAAAGCUAGAAUGCAAGGCCACUGGGAUAACGAAGUUCCCUCUGUCGAGAUUAUAUCAAGUUUGCGGAAGCCUAACAUCCAAGGUUCUUUAUGUUAUUUCCAUAAACGGCUGUUGUGGUUGCAAGACGAUAGAAAUGCAGCCAUAAGUGAUCUAUCGGGGAAAAAUAUUGCGUCUAUCAAUGGAAAAUCUCUACAAGGGUUGAAUAUGGUUUAUGUUGUCGAUUCCUCCCUAUACAUGUUACCAGAUCCAUGGUUACAAGUAAACGUCAUACCCAAAAUGGUAGAAAAACGCUCAGUGAAAGUUGUGGGAUCUUGCGAAUCAUUUAAUAUAACAUGGGAUCCUGUAUCGAAUGUCAAUUAUGGGACUGUUUUUUAUGAGAUUCAAAUAGUUAACCCAUUGAAAAAUAAUGAUUUAACUGUAGUAACAACAACCAUUCCAACAACCAAAUACUGGCUCGAAGUUACACCCUUUACACCCAUCAACGUAACUAUAAGGGCCUUCACCUACUGGGCUUCGUCACCGUUGCUUCAUACCGAAGUCAUUUCACCAUCAUCCACGCCAUCUGCUCCUUUAAACUUAAGAACUUUUGUGGAAUACGAUGCUCAUUCUUCCUCUGAAAAUCACUUUGCAACAAUCGUUGUGAGGUGGGAUCCUCCAGUCAACCCUAAUGGAAUUCUACAAGGAUACAAACUGAGAUGCUGGUUUAUGGACAGCGAGGUUGAGUUGGAUUUAUGCGACAAUGUGAUCAAUAGAGACAAUGAGACUGAGUACAGGUUGGAGAUGAUAGAGAAUUCAAAAGAGUAUCACUUUGAGGUUCAGGCGUUUACCAAAAUUGGCCUAGGGGUAAAAUCGCCAGUGACCUCAGUGAACACAGCACAUGAACACCCGAUACCAACUCUUCUUGUAGCCGCAGAAAAUUCAAUAUACAUAGAUGACAUAGAUCUUAACAGAACUAUCGCUUUAGUAGACAGUGUUACUGAACCGAAACAAAUAUCAUACCUUGCCAAAGAAAAAAAGAUCUUCUGGAUCGACAAGAAAGGAGAAAUGUUUGAGCAAAACAUGUUGAGGAACGUUCAAAGUAAAAUUCAUGACGUAAGGUCUGACACUGAUGGAUUGACUUUAGAUUGGAUAGGAAGGGUCUUGUAUUAUAUUCAAAAAGUGGAUGGCCAUAAUAAAUCAGCGAUUUUCAAAGUUGAUCUCAACCGAGAUUUCUUGGAGAGUGUGAAGGUUCUAGAAAGCGAAGAAGGUUUUAUAACAAGGCUAGAAGUUUCGCCUUUUACCAAAGCAAUGUACUGGAUUGAAGUAACAAAAGACUCAAAAUACAAAUUAAUGCAAAGUGAUAUCUUCGGAAGUAAUGUAAAAAACUUUUUUAUUGAUCAUAAAAGUGCACCUAACAAACCUUGCAAUUGUCCCUAUAAACCAGAAAUAGGCCCUUUCUUCACUCUUGAUCAUUCUGAUAUCAACGCUCGACCAAAGGUCAUAUUUUUGGAUAUCUAUACCCAAAACCUCAUGUGGUCGGACAAAGAUGCUGAAUCAUGUGGACUUCUAGCAGAUUCGAACUACAUUAGAGAUGGUUUCCCGCUUACCAAUCUAGAAGCUGAUUUUGUCACACUCUAUUGGACCCAAAAAGGAGUACUGCAUGCCUUAAAUAGGAAGGAAUAUAAAUUAUUUACAAAAGAGAUCGACGUUUCGGAUAUCAUCAUUUACGGAAAGCACAUUCAACCUUAUCCACCAGAAAGAUGCCUCAGUCCGAAACAACACAACAACUACACACUCUCCUUAAAUUCGAAGUCAUUUAAUUCAUUGGUACUAACAAUGCCAAAACCGUCUGUUCAUGAAGACUGUUUCAACAUAUCCAUGGCUAGCAUAAAGUAUAUGAUCUACUACAGCAAAUAUGUGGAUGGAUUCGAUUGUUUCGAAACAAGGAAUUGUUCUGAGCUGGUGACUUUUAACGAAACCCAAAUUAUUAACGAACUUAAACCAUAUACGAGGUAUUUGAUAAGAGUUUCCGUUAGCAAUUACUACAGUGACGUGCGCAGCAUUAUUAUUGGACCACCGAGCGUAUUCCAAACUUCCCCAGGAGUGCCUUCUAAACCAAGAAAUGUAUCAGCUAUGGUCCUCAGUCCGAACUUAGCUGCGAUCACCUGGUUACCACCAGAGGAGCUAAACGGAUUUAUUGUUUACUAUGAAAUUCAUUACCAGACCGAAAGCACCCCACUGGGAGUUCGACAUAAGGGAGAACUGAGCGUAAACAGUUCUUAUGCACUCAGCUCCUUUCUGCCUACGUUAUCACCUAAUGAGACGUACACAGUUUGGGUGAGAACAUACAGUGAAACCAAUGAGACCUCCAGCGAUAGUGAUAGAGUGCAAAUAACAACUUAUCCAGAACCGUAUGCUUUGACUUUAGAAAAUACUACAGCCUAUGAUAUGCAGCUAUCCUGGGAACCCUCCGAACAUAUCAAACUGUACCACAUUGAAUAUUCCUUGUUAACAACAAGUGAUUGGCAGCAAAUCGAUACGUUUAACAAAAAGAGUGACAGUGUCUCUAUUGAAGUGUUUACUCUUAAACCAAAAACCCAUUACAAAUUUAGAUUGAGGCUUAUGUACGAAGGAAACGAUGAAGAGUACAUUUGGCCAAAGGAUUCCAGGUUCACUUUUGAGACAUUAGGCGAUAGACCAAGUCCACCAGGAAUACCAAUAAUUCAGUACGUAAAACCAAACAUUUAUAAAGUUCUAUGGGAAGCUUCUAAAGAUAACGGUGCUCCAAUUGAAAUUUAUAAAUUAGAAGGCAAAGUCUUAAGGUAUUACCGAACUAAAAGAAGUGCAAACAGAACUGUUCCUUUCUUCAAUACUUCUCCUUCUAUUGAAAUCGAAGAUCCUGAUCAAUGGACUACUUAUUAUAACGGGACAAACACCUCUUGGAUCAUAAGUGGACUCAAUGAAAAGAAUAAAUACGCAUUCAGAGUUUCUUCACUAAACGUAUAUGGUUGGAGUAACGUUAGUGAAGAAAGUAAUGAAUUUGAUUUGACAGAAGCAGCAAGAAUGGCAGAGAAGCAAAGCCCUAUGAACUUAAUUCUUAUUGCCACACUCGUUCCUGGUUCAAUAUGUCUUCUCUUCGUUUUAAUUUUUGUAUACUUGAUUUGCUCCGGAAGAAGGAAUAAACAAAAGAAGCUCCAACAAGUUGUGACUUCCGCUCCCAGAAUCCCAGAUGUGGAACUAGCCACAUUGCGGGAGCUACCGAAAAGGGGGGUACAUAAUACAAAUAUUUUAUAUUUUUCUGCUCAACCCACUCCAGAAGAACUUGGGCAUUUACCACAAAUAAGGAGGGAGCAGAUUACUUUGACUACAUUUUUGGGUAGUGGCGCUUUUGGUGAAGUAUUCGAAGGCAGAGCUAAAGGAAUCAAUAAUUCUGUUACAGAAACCAGAGUUGCUGUCAAGACUUUAAAGAAAGGAGCAUCAGACCAGGAAAAGUGCGAGUUCCUGCAAGAAGCGCAACUGAUGAGUCACUUUAAACAUGAACAUAUUCUCGAACUUCUUGGAGUAUGUUUAGAUAAUGAUCCACAUUUUAUUAUCAUGGAACUGAUGGAAGGUGGAGACUUGCUUACUUAUUUACGGGAUUCUCGAAAUCCAUCGACAUCCACACCUUUUCUUACCCUGAUUGAGCUUUUGAAGAUGUGUGUCGACGUUUCGAAGGGUUGUAGAUAUUUGGAAGAGAUGCACUUCGUUCACAGAGACUUGGCAUGUCGAAAUUGUUUAGUUUCUUCUUACGAAUCCGAUUUCAGAAUCGUAAAAAUUGGCGAUUUUGGAUUGGCGAGAGAUAUAUACAAAAAUGACUAUUACAGAAAGGAAGGAGAAGCUCUUCUUCCCGUUAGGUGGAUGGCACCAGAAUCAUUAACAGACGGCGUCUUUACCAGUCAAUCCGACGUUUGGGCAUUUGGUGUAUUACUCUGGGAGAUCAUGACUUUAGGGCAGCAACCAUAUCCAGCCAGAGCUAAUCUAGAAGUGUUACACUACGUCAGAAGAGGUGGUAGAUUAGGCAAACCCACACAUUGCCCAGACGAGUUGCAUAGUUUGAUGCUCCAAUGUUGGGAGUUCGAUGCCGAAAAAAGGCCGACCUUUAAAUACUGUUUUGAGGUACUCGAAAGCCUUCACAGUAAAACAGUACGGAAUCCUCAAACAGCUGUGCAUGAAGGACAAUAUAUUAGCACAGUGCCCGAUCGAAACUCUUGGAAGAGCGACACUGAAGAUGAAUCAGCACGGGAAAUCACGCCGUUCCUGGAUAAAGAAGCAGUUUCGGGACCUAAAGAGAUUCCGAAAUAUGUCGAAGUCAUUUUGGAACCAGACGAUAUAUUAGAGAAUGAUGGCUAUGAGAUUCCGAACCAAAUGAUACAGAAGCUCGAUGGAAACCCAGAGCCUACAGAACCAGCUGGAAAAAGUGAAGAUCGUGCAUGACAAUGAUAAAUUAAAUAUAUAGUUCAUACCAAACCCUUCUUUCAGUACGUCAACGAUAAAAUGGCGAAAUAUACUAACCUAAAAUGACAAUUGUAAUUUUUGCCCCUUGACAUUGUGAAAGUCUGUAACUAUCCGUCAACGAAUAGGUACAUAAUUUUCUUAGUUCUAUGUAUAGUAAUCACGAUAAAGAGAAUUCGACAAACUAUGAUGCACUGAAAGAAGGGUUUGAUAUAAACUUUAGGUAUUAAGUUCCUGAUAAGCCUGAAAUAUUUGAAAGUAUAAUGCCACGCUAUAUGUAGACAAAAUUAUUGUAGGAGUAUGACAUUUUGUUAAAACUUUUUUUUAUUCAAAAAAAUUAUUACUGAAAUUUAGAUCAAUAAUAUUUUCAAAGAGAUACUUUCCUAAUAAUUUCGCUCCGAUUAUUAGUUUUCUCCUACUUAUCAACUUUUCUAGUACUACUGUAUAAUUCGAGCUACCACAGAAAGUUAAGGAGUUAACGUAUAACAAUAAAACUCCAACUAACUAUGAGAGUCCAUUGUUAAGGCUUCGCCUAUCUCAGUCAGUCAGGUGUUAGUUCGUCUCUUAGUCGAAAAAGUGAACAAUCAGUCUUGGAAAAGACAAAUAAAAUAUACAAUUUGGGCCCCACGUUGGGCGCCAAUGUGUGACUAACUUCACUGCUUUGAUAUUGUCAAAAUACGAAGAGUUCCGCUGUUUUUUUACGGUAGAACUAUCCACUACUUUGUUGCCCAUACUUUGUCCUUAUCUGGUAUUAAUACGAGAAUAGCCAGAUUGUGUUCCAUUAGAAUUUUUUAAGGUUCGUGUGAAAAUAAUUAUUUUUAUUUUAAAGUAAUUUUGCAAUGAACAUCGAAACUAUUUAAAAAUUAUAAAUAUCCUAACAAAAUGUCAAAAUAAAUUGAGACGUGGCUAUCUUUACCUCUACAAGACUAGCUGUCAAUAAUAACAAAUUAUGUAAAAUACUCAGAUUCUGAAUGGUAAUGAAUAUGUGAAAAAUCUUAUUACGGUUUGCCAUUUUAAGUUUAGCACUGAAACUUUUAAUUCAGUUUGGAAAUUGUAAUUAACUUAUUUAGUAUAAAAUGGCGAUGACGUAUAAAUUUCAAUGAAUUAGAUUUAUGCUGGAACUUUCUUAUUUGGUUGAUAUCAGACGAGGCCCUGAAUGAAAAAAACUGUUAAUUGGCAUUGUCACAUUAAUAUAACUUGCUAUUUUCACAUCGCAGCAGUUUGUUUGAUGACUAUCCAUACUAUCUUUAAUUUUUUGACAUAUCAUUGACACCUCGUUAUAUUUCAAUUGGCUUUAACAUUUUUUACUAUUACACAAAUAAAUCAAUAAUAUCUACGAAUGUUAUGAUUGUGACGUCAUCACCAGUUUAUAAUAAAUGAUGUAUACUGUACAUAAUACUAUAUAAGGUAUUUGUAAGUAACAUAUUAAAUGGUCCAACUUUACGUUUUGACUGUUUUAAGUCAUUGUCUAAUUAUAAAUGUGCUUUAAGUAUACAAUUUUAAAAAACAUGUAAUUUGUACUCAUAAAUUUUUUGUUACAACAAAAAUUAAACCAGAUAAAGAAGAAUACACAGAUCACCUAUCCUCGGUUCGCUCAACUAAUAUAUUUUCUAACAUAAAUCAAAAGUUCUCAGUUAUCUAUUUAUUUUCAAGGUGUUUACAAGUUGCAGAUACAGAUGACACAGCGAUCAUGGCUGAACGUAUCGAAAAUCUUUAUAGAUCGAGUCACUAGAGAAUAUUUCAAUAACGGACUUGGCAUAAUACAUCAAAGACAAAGUUACUUGUGGUUAGUAAACAAGGCGUUGACGCUAUGCAACUAAUUGUCAAUAAUGAGCCAAUUACAAAAGUUACCCAUUUUAAAUACCUAGGAUGUUGGAUAAACGAGACACUAAAUGCUGAUGAAGAAAUUAAAACUCGUAUAGACAUUGCAAGCCCUUUAUGAAACUUAGAUAGUGUGCAAUUCUCAGCUGGACUUACAACUAAGAAUAAAGUUCCUAAAAUGUUAUGUGUCCUGUAUUAUAUGGAUGUGAAACCUGGAUACAAACCUGGCUGUAAAUAAGACAAUGAAUGUUAAUAUGCUAGGCAACAGGAGAGCCAACGAUCGACAAGUGGUCUCGGCACCGUAAGGAGAAGAAGAAGCCUGGAUCAUGAAGAAUAUGAUAGAAGCCUUAGGAUGUGGUCAUAUCGUAGAAUGCUCAAAAUAUCAUGGGUUAAACGCAUUUCAAACAUAGAAGUCUUAAACAAUUCAAUUUGCUUCAAUUACUAUUUUACUAUUUUUUAAUUGCUAAUUUUAAAUAUUAACUUUCCUUUCUAAGCGAAAUAAUAUGGGUCAUUUAAAAUUCACAUGUGUUUCGUUCCUAAUAUACAAACCAUAUGCAUAAAAGGGCCUGUUAAGUUUUAAGAAACGAGAUAUAUCCCUAUUCAGGUAAAAUGCCUUUGCAAUUUUUAAAACACCAGAUCUAAUAAAUUGUCGCCCGUCUGGCCAUAUGGUAGAACCACAUAAUGACAGAUUAAUGUUUGUGGUCUAGUUCAGUAAGAGCCACAGCGAGCACCCCGUGCGGUCACACCCUCGCUAAAAUAACAAACCCCUCUUUCGAGACAUUUUCACGUUCUUUUUACCGAUUGAAAUAAAUAUAUUAUUGACUGACAGUUUGUUGUUUUUACAUUUAUUUUAAUUUCAUUUAAUUUUUUCCAUGGACAAUAAGGUUAUUACGCGCAACUCAACCAACACGGAACAAACAGAAUACAAGAAUACAAGAUCGAGAACAAUAUCGCCAAACAUGCAGUAUCGAGACCUGGUUAUUGUGCAAAGGUUUUUAACUUAAAUACCUCUUUCUAUAUUCUUCUGUCUGUUAAGUUAAGAUGGAAGAAAGAAAACUCAAAUACAGAAGAAAUACAAUAUUUUAUGAGUGUAAAAUACAUAAGCACAUCUUAAAUAGUUAUAUAUUUUUUGUUUUAAUUUAAAAUAAGUUUAUGGUUAUACAAUACAUCAUAGUUUUUACAAUUUUAGAUGUUUGUUUGAAUCUUUUAUAAUUUAUUUAUGUAGCAAAGCUAUAUUUUAAUUUUUCUUUUUUGCCAAGAAAAGCAUAUCAUGACAAAUGUACAAAGAUAAUGUGUAAUAUUGUUUUAGAAACAAUAUAGCAUUAGAUAGGUUAGUGAUAAAUGAGAUUUAAAAAUACUCUGCAACUUCAUGUUUCUAAAUAAAUUGUAAAUAUUUAUUAUUUUAAAUCUAUUAUCAUUGUUUAUAUAGUAAUGGUUGGUCAACGAAACGAGUAAAUUUGUUUGAUUGUAAUUGAGACAGUCACCACCAGUUAUGUCAGGGUCGCAACGUCAUGCGUAACUACGAUAAGUCUAAAAUGUAGACACCAAAUUGGAUGCUAUCAUAUUCAUAACACACCAGCUCGCAUACAUAUUAAGGAAAAUAAAUAUAUGGAAGAAUAUAUUUAGAAAUUGAAUUAGAAUUUAGCAUGAAGGAUGUCAUGCUACUAUACAUUAUACAUAUGAAGAGCUCAGGGCUAAAAGGAUGAUGGUCCAAAAAAAACAAAUUUUGCGAAAUUAGGUUUUUAAGUUUUAAAACUAAAUAUAAAAAUAAUUAACAGAAAAGGCACUUCAUUUUGGUUACUAAUUCAUGCAGUAACUUACAGGGAACAUGUAGGUUGUGUUCUUGGGUUAUCAAUUUACAAAUUACUAUAAAUAUAAAUUUAUUUAUCUUUUGAUGUCAUGAAAUCUCAUGCUAAAUGGAUGAUGGUCCACUAACGUGUCUUAAAAUGAAACUAAAAAUGCAGAUAAGGUAAUCUAUAUUUUGAAAAGUUGUAUCAUACAGAUCUGCUCCUGUUGAUUACACCAAGCUACAAGUACAGUAGAUACAAUGAAAAGUUUUAAGUAUGUGGCAGUGCGUCAAAAUAUGCUUGAAGCUUUACAGAAUAACACCAAUGUACACCAGAAUAACAGAAAUUUGUAAAUAAACCAUAUACCUAUAUAUGUCUAUGAAAUAAACACAGGUAUGUACAUUAACAAAAUAUCUAGACAAUAAACAGCACUAAUAGCAGAGACCUCUGUGGUCAGCAAUCUGAACUAGGUGGACUGUCAUCCUUUUAGCCUGCAUAUGUAGCACCUUCAUUCUUUUAGCCCAGAAGACGUAUUUUUCAAAGCUGGAUGGCUAUUUUGUAUGCGCGUUCUAUUACAAAAAAGUUGUGAAUUCCGAAAGAACGUUUGUUUGUUUCAUCGACUUCGAGAAGGCAUUCGACCGAGUACAACAUGAUACACUUUUCGAUUGCCUGCAGGCAGCAGGACUUGACCACUACGAUAUAAGACUGCUGAAAUACUUAUAUUACAAUCAAGUAGCCUCUAUCCAAAUUGGAGACAGUCGUACUGAAAAUCUGCCGAUAAAACGUGGAGUCGACAAGGUUGUGUUUUAUCACCCACCCUUUUUAAUCUGUACUCUGAAGAAAUCUUUAGGGAGGCUUUGGAUGACAGACAAGAGGGAGUAAGGCUAGGCUGAGAAGUAAUCAACAAUACAUAUUAGAUACGCUGACGAUACAGCCAUUCUUGCUGAAAAUUUACAAGAUCUUCAGACACUACUAAAUCUAGUCAGUGAAGCAAGUUAUCGGAGAGCCCUUAAAAUCAACAUUUCAAAAACAAAGUGGAUGGCAGUUGGAAAGAUUAAUAUAGAUCAAGGUCAGCUUUCUCUUGAUGGAGAGGAAUUAGAACGGGUAAAUCAUUUCAAGUACCUUGGCAGCUGGUUAAAUGUUAAUUGUGACUGAUGAAGAGAUAAUAACUAGGAUCUAAAUAUCACGGAAGGCUUUUAUGACCUGGAAACCAGUUUUAUGCAACAGAAACCUGUCGAUGAAUAUUCGAAAGAAGGUGCUGAAAUGUUAUGUAUGGUCUAUCCUAUUGUAUGGUUGUGAGACAUGGACGUUAAAAACCACAAUGCUAAACAAAAUAGAAACAUUCGAAUUGUGGUGCUAUCGACGAAUCCUAAAGAUAUCGUGGGUUUCGCACACUUCCAAUGAAGAUGUUCUUCAAAUGCUGAAUUCAGAACGUCUGCUUAUAAGCGUCAUAAAGAGGAGAAAAACAGAAUACUUCGGCCAUAUAAUUAGAGGACCUAAAUACCAUCUGCUUCACCUUAUAAUACAAGAAAAAGUGGAGGGAAAGAGAUGGAUUGGUCGAAAGAAACUUUCAUGGCUGCGUAACAUUAGACAAUGGUGUGGCUGCACAGUAGAAGAAUUAUUUCGCGCAGCAGCGGAUAGAAAGAGAUAUCAGGAAAUUGUAAACAUGAUGACGGCCAACGUCUGAAUACAGACACGGCACCUAAAGAAGAAGAAGGAUGGCUUGUACACCUUCAUCUUUAUUGCUUAGUUAGAUACCAUGCAAUAUUUUACAUGAGAUAAUGUACAAGAAAUUAGUAUUAUCUCCAUAAUGACAAAAAGUGGACCCUCAUCCUUUUAGCUUUGAGCUUUUCAUAUGUAUAAUAGCAUGACAUCAUAAAUUCAAUUUCUAAAUAUAUUCUUCCAUAUAUUUAUUUUUCUAACUAUGUAUGCAAGUUAAUAUGUUAUAAAUAGGGUCGUAUCCAACUUGGUGUCUAUGCAUUUUUAUUUAUCGUAGUUAUGCGUGAUAUUGCAACCCUGACAGAAAUGGUGGUAACAUCUGGUGACUGUCUCAAUUAGAAUCAAACAAACUUAUUCAUUGCGUUGACCAACUAUUCUUUUUUAAACAAUGCUAUUAUCUAAAAGAAUUUUGUGUAAAAAAAAUUAAUUUUUUUUGUACCUAUAUGCUUGUUGCAGAGUAGUUUUGUUAUAAGUGCCUUUUUUCAGUAUUUUUAAUUGGGAUCAAAUUUAAAACAUGUUCAUGUAUAUAUUGUGUAAAUAACAAAAAUAUGUGAUUUUAAUAUUUAAGGAUUGUAAGUAAUUGUAAUGUAAUUAGAUGAUUUAAUAAAAGACAAUUCCUUAA